UUCGUGGCGGCAGAUGUGAUAAUUGGCCAAAAAUAUAAUAUUGUUUUUAUUCGAAAUCAUCAUUAUUGGUGGGCGGCGGGUUCGCAAAAAACAAUGUAUAAACAAGUCUCGUCUUAUAUUGAUUCUUUAGAAUGUUAUCUGGAGUGUAGCGUCGAGUGCGCGAAGGAUAUUCCAGGAAUGCCUAAGCCAACAUUGCCACCUGCGUGUUCCCCUUGCGAUGCCCCCUUCCGCCACUAUCACUCCUUAAACCAACAUUGUCUACAACUAAGACUUCUUCAAGAGGCCACACUGAAUAAGGACGAGCAAAAGUCGAUUGCAAUUGACGGAUAUGUGAACGGCUUUCAUGUUACAUUCCCCCGUCGGGGAGAAAACCACAAUUCUUCAGGGAGAAAAAAUGUAUAUAGGCCUAUAUUUCAACAUAUUAGGCCUAGUAGACUUUAAAAUUGAUUAAAUAAGCCUUUGAUAAACCCCUAAAUUGUCAUGUUUUUCGGAAGCCUCGCCUCCGGACCCGAAAGAUUUUGGUCGACGCACGACCACUCCCAAUUUUCUCAAGACAUCGAACACCCCCUCGGACAAACCCUGGCGCCACCCCUAUUUUUAUGUCGAAUGCAUUUUCAAUAGAUUGCUGUUCAUUUACUUCUUCCAAUAAACUAUUUAAUAAAUAUGUAUGAAGGCUACGUGUUUAAUUUGGGUUUUCUUAAAACAGCAUAAAAAACAUAUUUUUAUAAAUUUUGAAGGUAUUACACCAAUACUUGAAUACCACCCCGCUACGUCACUGAUAUAGGCCUAUUUAUAUAUAAGGCGAUAAAACAAGGUAUAAGAUUAGCCAAAAUUUAAUUUUACACAAAUGUUUAAUAAUACGACAAAAAACCAAGCAAGAGCAAUAAAGUAAGGUAAAAUAGCUACGAAAGAUUUUUCUCCAUGGUAAUGUAAUGUAUUUAGAUUGGACUAUCUCGUACAGUAAGCUGCUUCUUCACUAAU